CGGCCCCGCGGCACCUCCCGCGCCCCUGGCCGCCAUGGCGGCCCCCGGGCCCGCCCGGCGCACCGGGGCUGCCCGCCCGCCGCUCGGGCCCAGCGCGUCCCUGCCGCGCCGCUGGGGAGGGAAGCGGGGGCCGGCGGAUCCGGCGGCACACGCGAGUGGGUCGGGCCGUGGAGCCGAGGCUGGCCGAGCGCGGGGCUCGGAGCCGCGGUGUGGUUCCCGCCGGCGGGCGUGAGGGCCGGCGGCGGCGGCCGGGAGGAGCCGGGAGCGCGCUGGGUGCUGCUGUGCUGAGGGGGCGGGGGGCAGCAGGGCCGGCGCCGCUGCGGCUCCGCUCCCCCCGGGCGAUCCCGGUGCCACAUUCGCCCCGCUCGCCGCGGCCGGAAUCCCCGUGAGGGGGACGGGACCCGCCCGGGGUCAGCGGAGCCCGCAGCUACAUUCUUGAAAAUCAACGUGGCGUGCCACGCGUUUUCUUCCUGACCCGAAACAGUAUCUGUGCUCUCUCCCUCCUUCCGAGCUGCUCCUCUCGCUCCCGGAAUGAAAACUGCAGGAAACCUGCCAAGUCCUGAAUAUCAAGGGUUGUGAGACAUCCUCAGAGAACACGGCACAAUGUCAACUGCAGGAGUUGCUGCUCAGGAGAUGAGAGUCCCCUUAAAAACCGGAUUUCUUCACACCAGUCAAGGCAUGGGCAGUCUGAAAACCUGCUGGGGUACCCACAGUGGAUUUGAAAAUACUUUCUUCAAUGUGGACCCUAUAGCAGUGACAUAUAAUUUAAACCCAUCAACCGAGCAGCAUUUGCCAUCCAUCGGGCACUCUUCCAACCAGCCUUCCAUGAAUGACCACGUUGCUGGAAGCUGCAUCCCAGUCCCGUCUCAGAAAUCCAGUCCACCUCCUUUAAGUCCCAAAAAUGAACAGCCAAUUUCAAGGUACGACGACCAUCUCGUUCCUGGCUUUAGUAAACUGUCAUUAACCAUGGGCUGUGUUUCUGAAGAAACACCUCCUCACAUGCCAAUAAAAAAUGGACCAAUUCCAUUUCUGUCUGCAUCUGCUAAUGACCGCAGCUGCAGGCCACUACCCCCUCUGCCUAUAUCUGAAGACUUUACUCCAGAUGAGGUUGACAAAGAGGUAGAAUUCCUGACUAGCUCAGAUACUGACUUUUUGUUAGAAGAUUAUGAACUUCCUCCUUUUAAAUCCAGCGCUCCAAGCCGUCGGAGCUUUAGGGGCUGUGGACAAAUCAACUAUGCCUAUUUCGAUGCUCCAACAGGACCAAAACCAGAAGAUGCCAACCCUACACAAAGCCUAAAUGUGUACAUAUCCAGUAUUUAUCCUCCCCCACAGCAGCUGCAUCGACGCCUGCGAAGGUCCCAUUCCGGGCCAGCUGGAUCUCUCAAUAAACCCAUAGUGAGACUAACUGGACACUUAAACAGGGCAUCUCCAACUUCUGAUGAAGAUAAACCAGAGAUUCCACCAAGGGUUCCUAUACCCCCACGGGCUCUCAAGCCAGACUACAGGAGGUGGUCAGCAGAAGUUGCUUCCAGUGCGUACAGUGAUGAAGACAGGCCUCCCAAAGUGCCCCCUCGAGAGCCUUUGUCACGCAGCAAUUCCCGCACCCCCAGCCCCAAAAGCCUCCCAUCAUACCUCAAUGGGGUUAUGCCCCCCACCCAGAGCUUUGCACCUGAUCCUAAGUAUGUCAGCAGCAAAGCUCUACAAAGACAAAACAGUGAAGGAUCUUCCAACAGGGUCCCUUGCAUUCUUCCAAUUAUUGAAAAUGGUAAGAAGGCCAGUUCAACACACUACUAUCUGCUACCAGAGAGACCUCCAUAUUUGGACAAGUAUGAGAAAUUCUUCAGAGAAGCAGAGGAGAGGAGCUCUAACACUGAGGUUCAGUCCUGGUCUGGUGACUGCACAGCCACCUCAGCCCCAAUAAAACUGGACUCAAAGCCCAGAAUGGACAUAGGUGGUCCCCUGAAACGAAAACACCUGUCCUACGUGGUUUCCCCGUAGUGUCUGGGAGCACAGGCUCAGCUCAGUUGCUUGGGAUGGAGCUGAACUUUAUCAUGUUACAAAGUUCUUAUGGUUCACAGAUAAUGAAGUAGGAGCAGUUUGUCCUCUGAGAACUGACAAGUGGAUGGUAAAGUCCUCUUAUGCUGCAUAUAUUCAAUAUGUUUCUUAAGACUUUUCUUGUCUUGGUAUGUAAGCUGAAAACCUAUAAAGAUUCUGCAGAAACAUGGAGGGAUAGUAGUCACAGUUGGCCAGUUGUAUGCUACCCAGAUGAACAUGUUUGGUAGUCAGCAUUAUUUAAAAAAAAAUUUUAAAAAUUGAUCUUUGCUUAAGAGUCACUUAUAAAGCAGACAACAGACCAAGUAAUGCAGUACAGUUUUUGUAAUAGCUAUUUUCCAAAAUUUCUUUUACACAGUAAUUCUACUGAGAACAGACUGUCCUCUUUUACUAGGAUAUGUCUUAUAACAAGGUAAAUGUGAGAUAUGAUACCCACUUCAAGACUUGGCAGGCAUAUUGGAAGUGCAUUUUGAAAGAUUAAUCUAUCUUACAAAUUAAUUUGAUGCUAAUAGACUUUUAAAGUGAGUUAGAUUUUGUGAAUUCAAUUGCUAGACACACUUGGCUCAAUUUUGCAGUUUUUCCUAGAAGAGACUUGGACCAGCUAUUGCUAAGCCUCUGCUGCUGCUCUUUUCCUGCUGGAUCCUAGAAAUGUGUGAAUGUGUCCUGAGCAGCCACAGGGUUGCUAUUAGGUAGGCAGUAACAACUUUGUGCUCACCUAGAGUCAGAAAUUAUGACUGUAUUAAAUACAGAAACACAGCACAAGCUGGUCUUGUGUUCUGGUUUCUGUUCAGUAUUUUAGGGGAGGAGGAGGGGGGUGUGAGGAAAAAACAUGAUUCCAUUUAUGAACAGUGUCAGUCCCAUCUCUUGCUGCUUCAGAUGCUGCUUCUUGCUGUUUUUCCUCACUGUGCCUCAGCCAUUCACUGAAGUUCACUGAGGUGCCACCUUAGCAGUUUCUUGUGCUCAGUUUGGUUACAUUUAUCCUCUCACAGAUAAGCACAAGAGAAAGGGUGCUCAUUAACAGGGGUGCAGAAGAUGAAUGUGUUCCUCCUAACAGAAGUAAACAAGGUGUUUACAGUUUAAACUGCUGAAUGAGAUGUUUGAGCUAUUUUAAGCUUACUUUUUAUUUGUUUUAGUACAAACUAAAUGAAGGUGAAAUACAUGCUAUAGAAAUGCACUGAUAUUUCUGCAUUGUGUACAGUAUUGAAUAAAAAAUAAUUCACUUUGUAUUUUGAAUAUUGUCAUGUCUUGAGUUUAAUAAAGUUAUAAAAUACUUAUUUAUGA